AUGGCGUUCUUUCUCACCAUCGUGCUGGCUUACCUGUCAGUCGCCAAUGCAGCAUCCUUGGCUGCCAAUUAUCCUAUCAACUCGCAAUUGCCACCUGUUGCACGAAUUUCACAGCCUUUCCGAUUUGCAUUCGCCCAAAGUACUUUCUCUAACAGUGACUCGCACACUAAAUACUCACUAUUGGAUGCACCAUCAUGGCUCAAAGUGGAUAGCAGCAGUCUCACCCUGUCCGGAACGCCCCAUUCAGGAGACAGUGGCGCUAUCAAGUUCAAACUUGUGGCAUCGAAUGGUUCGGCAAAAGACAGCAUGGACGUCACUUUAAUCGUGACAGCAGACCAGGGACCGACGGUGAAGAAACCGCUUAUACCUCAGCUACAGAAAUUAGGACCAGUCUCAUACCCUGCCACGCUGUUCAUCCAUCCAGGUCGUCCAUUCUCAAUUGAGUUCGAUCAGGAUACCUUCGACAACACGCAUCCUGCUACGAUCUACUACGGAACCUCGCCGAACAACGCCCCGCUACCUUCUUGGAUCAACUUCGACCCGGCAGCGCUAAAAUUUGCUGGAAAUAGCCCUGCCUUUCCAGGCGCGGAGCCUCAGACAUUCACUUUCCAGAUGAUCGCAUCAGAUGUAGCUGGGUACAGUGCGGCCAACGUGACAUUUGAACUCUCGAUCGGUCCCCACAUUCUGACAUUCAACGAGACUGUUCAAAGUUUCAACCUUACGAGAGGAGAAGAGUUCAACAGCCCCAAAUUCACUAGCCUUCUGUCUAUAGAUGGUUCACCAACUUCUGUCAAAGAGCUGGCAAAAGUCGACGCCAAAUUGCCGGAUUGGUUGAAGCUGGAUAAGGACAAUAUAUCGCUGAGCGGGACGCCACCCGACAAUGCCGUGAACCAGAAUAUCACCAUCGCUGUUACCGACUCUUUCCAGGACCAAGCACACAUGAUGGUUCGCCUAGAAUUCUUGAAGCUGUUCCUCGACACCGUCGAUGGGUGUGAGGCAGCCAUUGGGCAAGACUUCAAGUUCGUGUUCAAUCAGUCUAUCCUCACCGAUGACUCUGUACAAUUGGAGGCCGAUUUGGACAACGAGCUCACAUGGCUUACCUACUUCUCGGACAACAAGACUCUUUACGGACACGUUCCAGAUGACAUGGAUCCCAAGAAGUUCACCAUCCCUCUUACUGCAUAUCAGGGAUCGACCGAAGACACGAUGGACUUCGUUCUUGAUGUCCUCAAAGCCUCGGACACACAUUCGAACCCCACAGAUCCGUUUACCACUUCAUCUGACACCCCCAAGCAGAAGAAGGCUGGCAUCAUCGCCAUCUCAGUCGUUGUCCCUUUUGUGGUAAUUUUGAGUCUGCUGAUUCUCUUCUGCUGCUGGCGUAGCCGCAAGAACUCACCUACUGUCGAAGAGGGUCAAUCCGACAGCAAGAUUGCUCCACCACGACCUGUUAGGCCUGAUGUUCCUAAUUGUCAGCCAUCCAUGACGAAAAGACCUUCCCACGAUGACAAUUCCGAAGAUUGGAUGAGUCCUAUCUCACCGUCAUCGAUUCCCAAGCUCGAACUUGGGCCCGCGUGGAACGUGUCACAAUUUGAUAAACCUCAACACCCGGUUAACUUUGCUACUCCUGAGCCCGUUAUUCCUCCUCGCUCUCCUGCUCGCAACUCUCCUGCUCGCAACUCUCCUGCUCGCAACUCUCCUACUCGCAACUCUCCUACUCGCGACUCUCCCACUCGCGGUGGCUUUGUCCCACUGCGAGACCCCAUCAUUCAAGAUGAAACCCCCGUUCAAGCCGGUUCACCUUCCAAGAAGCAAAACAAUCGCCUCUCAUACACGAACACGACCAGCCCAAUGCGCCGUAGGACCAUCAACCGUUCCCGACGAGAGCCAUUGAAGACGAUCCAGCCGCGAGCCAUGAAGCGAGAAUCUAUCCAAUCAUCUAAGUCAAGGAGAUACUCAAAGCGCUCGAGCGGUAUCUCCUCCAUUGCCUCUGGACUACCCGUACGAUUCAGCGGAGCUGGCCAUGGCGCCGGCGGCUUCGGACCUCCCGGCCACGGGGUGGUGCACACAUCAUGGCAAAAUGCGCGAGCCUCAAUGUUGGGCGAUGAGACCAGCCUAACACAGAUGGCACCAUCGUUCUCGCGCCCGCCAGCAGCAGGACGCAUGCGUCACAGCAUGGCAUCCAGUAUCCCCGAAAACUACAAGCGUAUGACCCUACGCACCGUCGAUCCCGACGACUCCAUCUUCUCUGAAGCCGACUCCCUGGAAGCCUUUGUGCACAGCCGAGCCAAGCACCGCAACUCUUCCAACCCUCUCUUCUCCGCGCAAAUCAGCCGGCGCACUUCCUCCGGAAUGCGCGCACUCGAUCGAAACCGCAGCAUGCGCAGCCGCGCCGAUACUGUCUCCGUGUCAACCUUCAGCGACGAAUUCCGCCAAUCCAUUCAAGAACGGCCCCUAUCGACUGCGAUGUCGGCCUCGGAAUACGGUGACGACAGUAACACGAACCGCUUCUCCCAAUAUCAGAACCAGGCCGGUCUGUUUCCCCUUGCUGAGGGUAGCACAAAUGGCCAGAGCCAGCUGAGUCUUGCACAAGACUACCGCGGUGCUAUCUCCCCGCUACCGCGGUUCUGGAGCGAGAACAGUAUGGGCAGUGCUCGGCGGUUGGAGGGCCAGGGCAACAGCAACCCUCAGCGUCACAAAGUAAAUGAUGAAAAUGCUAUGCCGCAUAGCUCGUCUAUGGUCUCGGACCUGGAAGAGCAUCUAUCGCGCAAGGUCAGCCCUAGUAAGAACGCCAAUCAUCAGUGGUGGUUGUCGUCGCCUCUUGAGUCCUCGCGGCCGUUGAAGAAUACCGAUAAUCGAGGUCUUCCUAUCGCCAGUAGUGGAGAGCUGGCAUUUGUUUGA